AUGGCCAGUCUUCAGUUGGCCCCACAUCUGUCUGUGGGCAUUAUGCUCCCAUAUAAUAAAACGGAAGCUCCAGGGCUCCACUCAGCCAAGGAAGACCCUUAUGAACAAGGUGACUCUUCCCAGCAGUCCUCAGUGGGGCAUCUGAGGAACAGUAUCCAGCAGAAGCUUUUGAGCGACAAAGAGCUGAUGGUGGAUGAUCUCUACAUGCACCCCAAAUGGAACACUGUCACCAAAGCCCAGAGCUACUCUUAUCCUCGCUGUGCUGGAAUCAGUCAGCAAGAUUCAGGAACCAGUCCCCAGGGCCAAGGAAAGGGUGUGUUUUACUUGUCAGACCCUCAGUCCUCUCAGUCCUGGCAUCCCAAAACAAACAACCAGAACGCCGUCCCCUUCACAAAGAGGCGAGUUGGGGUGGAUCGGGCAUACCCACUGAAACCUGUGUGCCACCGGAAGUUUCACAGUACAGAUGAGGCUUUUGCUGAUGGGGACCAGAACGUCUCUCCAAGACCUCCUGAGCCAAUUGACUCUUCCUUCAGCAGCCUUGGUUCAGGGAACCGAGUGAAUUCAUCUGGAGCUGGUCUUGUUCUUGCUGCCGUGUGGGGGCAGAGGGCCAGGGCAAAGCCCGACAUGACCGAGCCCCAGAGGAUGCAGAUCCAAAGACUGGAAGCUGCAGGGGAGAGCUUAGAGGAGGAAAUCCGAAGAAAGGAGAUCCUCCUGAGGGAAAAGCUGAAGAAGACGGAGGAGGAACUCAGGAGAAUCCAAAGGGAAAAAGAACAGGCUGACGGAAAUGAAAAGAGAGCGCUCCAGAGAAUGACACUCUCCAAGGGGAAAGUUAAAGGUAACAGCAGCAACACUACAUACAAACCCAUCUCCUCUCCAGAAUUUGGGCCUGAAGAGGUGUUCAGCAGAGACAGGACAGAGAGCAAAACUUGGGGACGGUCUCAAGGAAAUUUUAGUCCACUCCAGUUCUCUGAUGAUGGGAUGCAGAGGCUCAAAAGGGAAAGACUGGUGGCAAGCAGUCACAAAAUCCGAGACCAGGUCUCAGGGCCAUCGACAGAGACAUUUUCUCGGCCUUCAGAAGCACCAGGUGAUGCUUUGCGGGGAUCCGGAAGCACGUGCAGCCUGUCCAGGGCUCCAGGCUCGCCAGGCUCCAGCUGUUCCGCUGAAGAGCCGGAACUCGGCAAGUGCAGCCACUGUGGCCGUAAGUUUCUCUUGCUCAGGCUGCAGAGACACUCCAGCGUUUGCAGCAGGAUGCAGGGUUCCAAGAGGAAAGUGUUUGACUCCUCCAGGGCCCGGGCUAAGGGCACAGAACUAGAGCAGUACCUGAGCUGGAAGGGACCAGCCUCCGUCCAGGCUGAUCCCCCUCGGAAGAGCAACUGGAGACAGAAGCACGAAUCUUUUAUCCGUACCCUCCGCCAGGCUCGAGAGGUACAGCAGGUAAUUGCCAAAGGUGGAAACCCCUCGGACUUGCCCCCCAUCUUGCCUGCAGAAAAUCCAGACUAUGUUCAGUGUCCUCACUGUAGCCGCCACUUUGCUCCCAAAGUGGCUGAGCGGCACAUUCCCAAGUGUAAGACCAUCAAGAACCGCCCUCCGCCUCCGAGGAAGCACUACAGUUGA